CGUAAACUGUUUAUGUUUCAACUAUAAAUAAAGGGUCCAACUUCACAUGCCAUGCACUUUUCAUUUUCAAGUAAAACACCUCUUCAAAUCUAACCAUGCCUCUCUCUAAGCUUCUUAUCGCAUCCCUUCUGCUAUCCUUUCUCCUCUUCCAUCUACUCCAAGCUGAUCAAACGGUGCAGGCACAGACCCAGGGUUCUCUUGUUCAGCAGAUAGAUUGUAACGCUGCAUGUGGUGCGAGGUGCCGUUUAGCAUCUCGUCAGCGCAUGUGUCACAGAGCGUGUGGAACCUGCUGCAGACGCUGCAACUGCGUACCACCGGGAACUGCCGGUAACCAAGAAGUGUGUCCCUGCUAUGCCAGUCUCACCACCCACGGUGGCAGACGCAAGUGCCCCUAAGCGUGAUGAAGCCAUGCAAUGCACGUUUCUAUUUAUAUAUAAGACAUACACGAUAUAUAUGUCCUUGCUUUGGUGUGUUGUGUGUUGUGUGUUGCGUGCACAAAUAAAGCGUGCUUAUUCAACGCGUGUUCAAUCCUUGCGUUGCCACAGUUUGUGAGUGUUGUGCCUUUUCUGUCUCUGCUGUUGUAUUGUAUCCUCAAACUUAUAUAAAGAAGAGCGCUUUCUGUUAUUGCUA